ACCGGAAAAACUCACAUAGAAAUUCAAGAUUCUCAAAUAAAGUAACGAAAAGAAUGAUGUGGCCAUACCCAAACCAUAGCCAUCAUUGCUUUCUUUUUUUCUUAGAUAAAAAGUAAUUGCAUUAAACAUAAAAUACUUGAUUCCAAAACCACCUAGCAAAGUAACCACCUCUUUUUUCUCCCCUCAUCUCUCUUCACUUCUGGAGAGAUGAAUGAACCUCAAAUCCAUCACAGAUCUAAUAAUAAUAAUAAUCACAACCCUUACGAUUACAGUACCAAAUCGAGGAGCGGCCGUACUAACCUAGCAUCGUGCGCCGUCGCCACGGUGUUUCUUCUGGCAAUCGCCGCCGCAUCCGUCGCCGUCUACUUCUUCCUCUUCAAGCCGAAGCCUCCGCUGAUCGCCGUGAACGCCGUCCAGUUCCCGACAUUCUCCGUCGCCAACGGCACCGUCAACUUCGAGUUCUUCCAAUUCGUCACCGUCACCAACCCCAACCGCGACGAGUUCUCGCACUACGACAGCUCGCUGCAGCUCGUGUACUCCGGCGAGCCGGUCGGCACCGUCUUCAUCCCGGCGGGGAGAAUCGGCGGCCGCGGCAGGCAGAAGAUGUCGGCGAAGUUCGAUUUGCAGAAGUACCCGCUCGCGCUGCCGUCGAGGGCGGCGAUCGGCGGAGAGGACGGCGCCGUUGAAGCAGCAGCGGCGGACACGAUGGUGAUUGAGACGCGGAUGAAGCUGGUGGGGAGGGUUCGCGUGCUGCGGGUGUUCAUGCACCGAGUGGAGAGCAAGGUGAAAUGCGGGGUCACGAUUGAGGUCACGCGCGGGACGGUUCAGGGCGUCCGCUGCUGACGUCACCUUUUAUUCUGGUUGUUUCUCUUUUCCCGAAGGGGGAAUGAAUGUAUUGAAAAAAUAUAUUGGGAGCCUUAUUUAGUAAGAUGAAAAAAUAGAUGUUCAUAUCAUUAAUAUUAAUAUUAAUAUUCUAUGAGAUUGCUAAA